CCUUUCCCCUCCACCUCUGCUCUCUCCGUCACCAUGGAGACGGACCUUCUGGGCCCAGAGGAGGGGAACGCGACGGGGAACUGGUCGGGCCUGCCGCCGCCCUUCGAGAACUCGUGGAGCCUCGUGACGGCGCUCAUCUCGCUCACCGUGUUCCUGUUCGGCUUCGUGGGGAACACACUGGCCAUCUACGUGGUGCUGCGCUACGCCAAGAUGAAGACGGUCACCAACACGUACAUCCUGAACCUGGCGGUGGCCGACCAGCUCUACAUCCUGGGCAUGCCCUUCCUCACCACGCAGAACGUGCUCUCCUACUGGCCGUUCGGGGACUUCAUGUGCCGCGUCGUCAUGACGACCGACUCCAUCAACCAGUUCACCAGCACCUUCUGCCUGAUGGUGAUGAGCAUCGACCGCUACCUGGCCGUGGUGCACCCCAUCCGCUCGCAGCGCUGGCGGCGCCCCCGUGUGGCCAAGGCCAUCAGUGCGCUGGUGUGGACGUUGGCCGUGCUGGUGGUGUUGCCCGUGGUCAUCUUCUCCAGCGCCCACAACCCUCACAACUCCUGCAAUGUGAACUGGCCCGAGCCCAAGCACCUGUGGGACACCAUCUUCAUCAUCUACACGGCCACGCUCGGCUUCCUGCUGCCUCUGCUCGUCAUCUGCCUCUGCUACCUGCUCAUCGUCAUCAAGGUAAAGUCUUCCGGGGCGCGGGCAGGCUUGAAGAAGCGUCGGCGGUCGGAGCAGAAGGUGACGCGGAUGGUGGUGGUGAUCGUGGUGGUGUUUGUCCUCUGCUGGCUGCCGUUCUUCAUCCUCAACGUGGUGAACCUGGUCUUCAUCCUGCCCGAGAACAGCCUGAUGGCCGGGGUCUACUUCUUCGUGGUCACGCUCACCUACGUCAACAGCUGCGCCAACCCGCUGCUCUACGGCUUCCUCUCGGAGAACUUCCGGCAGAGCUUCCAGAAGGUUCUGUGCCUCCAUAAAGCCAGCAGGGCCGUCGCCAAUGGAAAUGUGGGCUCUCCCAGGCCGGCGGCAAAGAACCAGGGAACCGAAGGAUUCCUCACACGGAACCAGCCCAACCUUAACGUACAUGCACAGAAUGUCCAGGGGGUUCAUCUGGAGGUGUGUGAGAACUCCAAACGAGAGCUCCUCUCCACCGACCAAUCAGCAGCUGGGCCCCAGAUCAUCAGCCAAUCAACAAUCAGAUCAUCAGCCAAUCAACAAUCUGAUCUACAGGCCAUCCACCAAUCAGCAGCGGGACCACAGAUCAUCAGCCAAUCAGCAAUCUGA